CUUAGUCCAAAUGCAAAAAUAACACGAGAGUUGUGCACAAAUGCGCAGCAAAUAAAUAAAACGAAAAGUUUGCAAUUAAAAACAGUGAAAUUCAAUCAAUAAAUCAGACAGACUGACAGACAGACAGCUCGCAUAUGAAGACGCGUCGUCAGCUUGUGGCAAGUUGUUUGUGCUUCCGUAUUACAAUGGCACGCGUCUUGAAUUUGUGGCUAAUGCUGCUGCUGAGCAGCGUCGUUGGCUGCAGCGCAGUGGGUUACUCGUAUACGCGUUUUGAGGGGCCGGUGGUGGGGCCGGAGCGACUGGUGACAGUGCCUGAGUAUGGUGCAGAUUAUGUGGCACGACCCGAGUAUAGCUUUGCCUAUGGCGUCGAAGAUGGCAAAACGCGCGUGCUGCAAAAUCGCAAAGAGACGCGCUCCGGCGACGAAGUGCGCGGCGUUUACAGUGUGGUGGAUCCCGAUGGCACGCUGCGUGUGGUCAAGUAUACAGCGGAUGAUGCGCAUGGCUUUCAAGCGGAGGUGAUUACAAAUGGUGUGGCGAGUUUGCAUGGACAUGGCGCGACAGAUGCAGGCGCUGCGGCUGUGGAGCAGCAAGUGGAGCACAAUGAAGUGGCAGACGAUGAGGAAGAAGAGGAAGAGGAGCAGGUGCCAGCGCCAUAUAAAGUGCAUGAGCCGCAGCAAGAGACUGAGGACGACGCUGAGCAUGAAGAAGGCGGCGGCGAUGAGGAGGCAGAAGAAUAUGAAGGCAGCAGCGAGGAGGGCUAUGAGGAUGCCAAGCAGCAGUCCCAAAGCAGCGAAGAAGCAGCAGAAGAAUAUUAACU